ACUGAUAGUAUGUCCUAACAGUGACCCAACCGUUCCUUCUUUCCUAUUCUGCACGGAGAUAAACUUGAUUUGUGUUAAGUAAAUUGGAGGUCACUGUGCUCUGGAGCCCUACAAGAAAUAUCCUACGACUUCUGUUGCAAUCUGAGAUCUUGCUGCAACUUGGUUUCAAGUAGUCAACUACUGGCGUGUCGCGUGAAGCGAACCUGCUGACUAUUCAGAAUGAGACACGUUAUAUUGACUCGUAUACUGCUUGGGAUUCAGUUUGGCGUUGCUUAACUCGCCGUAGCCUAUAUCCUGAAUAACAUCCUGAAUAACUACAAUUUCUGAAAAAGUUAUCUAUUCAUCAAUAAGUGGGACACUGGGAAGACAGAGAAGCUGUAGGCUACGGUGAUGUAUUAAGGUACUGAAAUGGAAAAAACCACAUUAAACAUUUGUGAAGGGAAAUCGUAUUUACAGCACAUGACCUCAGCAGGAAUAAAUUCAGGCUCCAAAAAAUGUGAGAUGGCUGAACAAAUGCAAGCAGUGCUCAGUCAUGGACUUGAGGGGAAUUUAAAGAGUUUUAAUGAUGAGGGCUUUUUACUGGGAAGAAACAAAAAAUCUUGUGGAAGGGAUGAGGUUGUUAACCUUCUGUCCAAGAACAUCACAUUUAUCAAUGCUGAGGGAUUGUCAGGACAGUACCCUCAAUCCACUGACUCGUCUUCAGCCAGCAGUGUCAGUGAGCCUUCUGAUGACUCACCUGAAUGGACACUACCUGAAAAAGUUAGUAGAUCGGCCUCUGAAGAUGAGACAGGUACGUGUAAUAGUGACCAUUUUCAGAGCAAGUCGGCUAGUCUCAUCAAAGAUAUCCUGACAACUCAACAAGAUGGGGUCCACAUCAGCAGCAGCAGCCACCAGGAACCUACCUCAGAUGAGCAUUCAACAAAGGGGACCGGAAGUGUUGGACUAAAAAUGGAAGCCAUAGAGCUGAAAACUUUGAAAGAGCAGACAACCCCAAUUGUGUUUCCCGCUAUAAAGAAACAAGGCGUCCAGGGAGACACCGUGGACCGUCCCUACAAGUGUACGCACUGCAGCUGGGCUUUCAAAAAGUUAAGCAACCUGCUGAGCCACAUUGAUACGCACAGAGGCCUGAAGCCCCAUGUGUGCGAGCUGUGCGGCAAGGCCUACUCCCAUCAAGGCACGUUGCAGCAGCACAAGCGCCUGCACACCGGGGAGAGGCCCUACCUCUGCCCCUUCUGCAACAGGACCUACAUCUGGUCGUCGGACUACCGCAAGCACAUCCGCACGCACACGGGCGAGAAGCCCUAUGCGUGCGGGACCUGCGGGAAGGACUUUGUGCGCUCGUCCGACCUGCGCAAGCACGAGCGCAACAUACACACCAAUGACAAGCCCUACCCGUGCCCGCAGUGCGGCAAGACCUUCAACAAGCCCCUGUCCCUGCUCCGCCACCAGCGCACCCACCUGGGGGAGAAGCCCUUCAGCUGCCCGGACUGCGGGAAGGCCUUUGCGGUGGCCAGCCGCAUGGUGGAGCACCAGAAGACCCACCAGGGCGUGCGUCCGUACACCUGCUCCGUCUGCCUCAAGGCCUUCACCAAGUCCUCCAACCUCCUGGAGCACCAGACGCUGCACAGCGGCCUGCGGCCUCACAAGUGCCCCGAGUGCGGCAUGGCCUUCGCCAUGGCGUCCCGGCUGGUUCGGCACCGCCGCGUCCACGCGGUCAAGCAGCCGCUCGGCUGCUCCCGAUGCGGCAGGGCCUUCAGCCGCUCCGGCAUGCUCAAGCGCCACCAGGAACGGUGCCGCGGUCAGGGGCAGGGCGCGUCGCCGCUUCGCUCUGCCGAGCCGCGGGAGCCGCCGGUAUCGUCGGGGUCCCACGCGGUUUAGCGGCCGGCCAGGAUCGGCGCGGCUGAGCCACGCAAAACCACUUCUGGCAAAGAACAGAGAAUCUUCAAGUCCAUUCUCCUGUGCCGAGUAAUGCUAGCCAAUCGCCAGAGUGUUAAAACCAAGCCGAGAUUAUCUAUCCUCUGGCACGUCUUUCAAGAAAAUAUUUUAACUAAUCACAUUUAAAAGCCUGUCAUUAUUUUCCAUUGAACAGAGGCAAUGGGCUAAUCCGUUGGUAUUUAAUACUCAUAUCUUUAAAACGAAGCAGCCUACCAUGCAGACGUAUAACAGAAUACGAAGAUAUCUUAUCCUGUAAGUCACUUGACUUAUCUUGACUCUUGUCCAGGGACAUACAGUUUUCGGUUUAACUGAAACUAAAGAAGGCUUAUAUGAAUACCACCAACUGUAGGUGGCAAAUUUCUACAGGGUUUUUUUUAAGUUGUCAAAUUGUUUUUCUCAUCAUUAAGAGAUCAUACUGCAGGGCUGCUGAGUGGCUUAUCCUUUUAAGGCACUGUUCUCGAGUGUUGAUGGGUCCCAUAGUCCAUGAUUGAUUCCCAAGAAUGCCAGUUCCAACCCACAGGGCACUAUUUAAUUUGUGAUAGCAUCGCCCAGUGUCAGGGAGGGUUCAGUCAGCCAGGAUCCAUGUCUCAUUCGUCUCUAGCGACCCCUGUGGGUUAAAUGGGCACCUGCGGUUUGCUUGCUAAAGCUGCACAUGAAGUGUCUUCCUCCAGCUCAUGUCUGUGAAAGCUUGGCUGGGAGGGCCGAAUCAAAGCAGCUGAUCACAUGCUUCAGAGGAGAGCGCAUGCUUGUCUCAACUGUCACGCACAAUUGCAGUUGUAUAUGAUUAGGGCAUUCCAAAUUAGGAAGAAGAUGAGAAGAAAAAUCAUUUUAUACAGUAAAGUAUUUCCUUUACUGUAAGAACAAUACGUAUUUACUUAACAGCAAGUAUUUACAGCAGGAAACUAAUUUAUAUAUAAUGAGUAAUAGUCCAGACAAUGACAAUGGAAGGAAGGGUUCUCUCUUCAACUUAGAAUUGUACUAAAGAUAUGUAUAAAAAAAUUAUUAAGUAGAUUUUUCUUGGACUACAUAAUGAAGUUAUUUUUCAAGUUGGUUUUUCAGUUUCGAAACAAAAACACAUGUACACAUACACACACACACACACACACACACACUGAGGGCAGGUCGAAUAAUACGGAGAGGGCUCUCAUGGAAGGAGCUUCGUUUCUUGCUUCUUUGCCAAGACUUGAAACCUGAACCCCAGUACUAUGCAAGUGUCAGCUGUUGGUGCGUCUUCGUAUCUUAAUUUAGUAGUUAGUUUAGUUUAGCUUAGUUGUAGGUUUGUUGUGCUACAACCCUAUGGUAUGGAAGAAAUUUCUAAACCUUACAAGCUUAAAUUACAACACCUUUAUUUGCACAUUCAGCAAAUAUUUAAGGGUAUCAGAAAAUGUUUUAUUGCUGCAACCCUCACAGUGUGUCUUCCAUACAUUCACUGUAAAAUGUACAAUGCUUUAACUGUACUUAGGUAAAAUGUAGGCACUGAUUCUCCGUUAUGAAAAAAAACGUAAUUGAUUUCAGUUUAUACUUUAGAAUUAUUAACAGUCUCAAGGGUUACGCAGGGGCUGUCAGAAUGAAAACCAAGAGCAAAUACAAAGACACUGCCAUUACACUGUGGAUCACAAAUUCGCAUGACGGAUACCAACUUGGAGAAGUUGUCGGUUCGGCUCACUGAAAUGGUCCAUCAAAUUCGGAUGAUUGGAACAACGCUGAGAGAACCACAGGACUAAAGGUAGACAAAAAAUGCAGAAGUCUGCCUGAACCCAAAACAAUCCUUAUCUUCA